AUUGGCAGCACUCGUCCUCAGAAACAGGUGACGCAUUAACAAUUUUGCGUUUGUCAUAAAUAAGUUAAGACAAAGGGCGAGUUUUAAGUGUGAAUUCCGGGAUAUUGUACACUUUUAAGAAACAUGUCUUCCAGAAGAAAGGCCAUCCUCAAAGUAAUCAUCUUGGGCGAUAGCGGUGUGGGUAAAACAUCGCUAAUGAACCAGUUCGUGAACAAGAAAUUCUCUAACCAGUACAAGGCAACAAUAGGAGCAGAUUUUCUCACGAAAGAGGUAAUCGUCGAUGAUAGAAUCGUUACACUGCAGAUUUGGGAUACUGCCGGGCAGGAGCGUUUCCAAUCAUUGGGAGUGGCGUUUUAUCGCGGGGCGGAUUGUUGCGUCUUAGUUUUUGACGUAACUGCCCCCAACACAUUUAAGUCCUUAGAGAGCUGGCGAGAUGAAUUCCUGAUACAGGCUUCACCGCGUGAUCCAGAGAAUUUUCCUUUCCUCAUAUUAGGUAAUAAGGUUGAUUUGGAAAAUCGCGCUGUGACUCUUAAGCGCGCACAACAAUGGUGUCAGAGCAAAAAUGAUAUCCCAUUUUAUGAGACGAGUGCCAAAGAAGCUGUGAAUGUGGAACUAGCGUUCCAAGAAGUCGCCCGCCGUGCCCUGGCCCAGGACACCGAGACGGAGCUGUACAAUGAGUUCCCUGACCAGAUAAAGCUGAAUGCCAACGACUACAGCCGUGACCGCGAACGGGACCACUGUGCUUGCUAAACCUGACAGCGAGCUACUUGUGCUCUUGCUAAUUCAUUUCUCAUUUUUUAUUCAUUAAAUACCUAUUACAAAAA